AUGGCGCCGGUGAUGGCCGUGCGUGGGGGAGAUGUGCUCUCCUUCAGUUUCUUGUGUGGUCGCUGCUGCGAAGUCUCAGUCGCCCCGUGUCGAACGGUCCCUGAAGCCGUCAUUGAAUCGGGCAUUGUCUCCCCAAAUCCGCUGGGGAUUAUGUGCGUGACUGACACCGUCCCUGGGAAGGGAAUCCGCCUGGAUGGAUGGGAAUUCUGUCUGGGAGUUGUGAACGUCGUGGAGGCCCUCCAGGAGUUCUGGCAGAUGAAGCAGUCACGUGGAGCCGAUCUGAAAAACGGAGCCCUCGUGGUGUACGAGAUGGUCCCCUCCAACAGUCCCCCUUACGUCUGCUACGUCACCUUGCCGGGAGGGAGCUGCUUUGGCAGUUUCCAGUUCUGUCCAACCAAGGCCGAAGCCCGAAGGAGUGCUGCGAAGAUCGCGCUCAUGAACUCGGUCUUUAACGAGCAUCCCUCCCGGAGGAUCACGGAUGAGUUUAUUGAGAAGAGCGUUUCGGAGGCCCUGGCAUCUUUCAACGGCAAUCGAGAGGAAGCUGAUAAUCCCAACACCGGGAUCGGUGCUUUCCGCUUCAUGCUGGAAUCCAACAAGGGAAAAUCAAUGCUGGAGUUCCAGGAGCUGAUGACCGUCUUCCAACUCUUGCAUUGGAACGGCAGCCUGAAAGCCAUGCGGGAGAGGCAGUGCUCGAGGCAGGAGGUCCUGGCUCACUACUCCCACCGCGCGCUGGACGAUGACAUAAGGAACCAGAUGGCCAUGGACUGGGUGAACAGGGAGCAGAAUAGCCCGGGGGCCCUUUCCAGAGAGCUGGCUUCGACGGAGAGGGAGCUGGACGAAGCCCGCCUGGCUGGGAAGGAGCUGCGUUUCCACAAGGAGAAGAAAGACAUCCUGAUGCUGGCGGCCGGCCAGCUGGGGAGCAUGCACUCCUCCAACUGCUAA